UCACCCAGUAAGCCAGAGAUCAUUGAGAUUGACAGUACAUCAAUGACGCUAACCUGGGCAGCUCCAUCAUCAGACGGUGGCAGUCCCAUCACAGGAUACGUCAUUGAGAAGAAAGAUCGCUUCAGCUCCAGGUGGUUGAAGGUGAAGGAGACCUCAAUCACUGAGACUGUGUACACAGUUGUUGACCUCAAGGAGGGAACAGAGUAUGAGUUCAGAGUGUCUGCGGAGAACAAGGCUGGUGUUGGCAAGCCAAGUCCAGCCUCGGAUAAGGCAGUUGCUAAACCACCAUAUGAUGCUCCUGGCGCACCAGGUAUCCCUGAGAUAUCUGACAUUGACAGCACCCACAUGACGCUAACAUGGACCGCACCAACAGACAAUGGCGGAGCAGACAUACUCGGCUACGUUGUUGAAAAAUGUGAAGCAGACCGAAAACGUUGGGUCAAAGCCCACAAGGAAGAUUUGAUCACUGAAAUGAGUUUCACCGUUCCCGACCUUGUGGAAGGAACCAGCUACAUGUUCCGUGUAAGCGCUGAGAAUAUCGCUGGUUUGGGCGAGUCAAGUGAGGCUGCUGGGCCUCAGAAGGCAAAACCACCAUACGAUGUUCCAGAAGCUCCAAAUAGCCCCGAUGUUUCAAACAUCGAUAACACAACCAUCAAGGUUACAUGGAGCCCACCAGAGAAUGAUGGAGGAGCUGAGAUCACCGGCUACAUCGUAGAGAGAAGAGAUGUCGGCAGAGACAGAUGGGUAAAAGCACACAAGAAACCCCUGAUGGAUACCAUCUUUACAGCCACUGAUCUGAUCGAAGGGAAAGAGUAUGAGUUCAGAGUCAGCGCUGAGAACAAAGCUGGCGUUGGGGAACCCAGUGCACCGUCUGUUGUUAUAAAGGCAAAGUUACCCUUUGAUGAACCAGAUAGCCCAAGCAUCCCAACAAUCUCCGAUGUGACUGAAUCAUCCAUGAAACUUACCUGGACUGCACCAAAAUCUGACGGCGGGGAUGAUGUCACUGAUUACAUCAUCGAGAAGAAAGAUCGAUUCAGUCCCCGUUGGACCAAGGUGACCCAGGUGUCUGCUUCAGAGACCUGUUGUGAUUUGGACGGAUUGAAAGAAGGGAACGAGUAUCAGUUCAGAGUGAUUGGUGUCAAUAAGGCAGGGCCAGGAACGCCAAGUGAUUCCUCUAGACCAACAGUUGCUAAGUCACCCUUCGAUGUUCCCAGUUCUCCAAGCGCUCCUACUGUAUCUGACACAACAGCCAGCUCCAUGACCCUGUCCUGGUCUCCUCCCAAGUCAGAUGGCGGCACUCCUAUCACAGGCUACACCAUCGAACGCAAGGACAAAUUCAGCUCACGCUGGUCCAAAGUCACCAAAGAGCCUGUUACAGAGACUACCUUUAAAGUGUCCAACCUGAAAGAAGGCGAGGACUACCAGUUUAGAGUUACUGCUGAGAAUAUACGGGGAACCGGUCAGCCAGGCGAUGCUUGCUCCUUUGUGACUGCUAAGCAUCCUUAUGAUGUUCCUGAAAGACCAUCAGCGCCCACAGUCACAGAUGUCGAUGUUAGUCACAUGACAGUCACAUGGUCACCCCCAGAGUCUGAUGGCGGCAGCCCAAUCACUGGUUACAUUCUUGAGAUGAGAGACACCAGCUCAACACGCUGGGUCAAGGUCUCCCGAGAAAGCAUCACAGAAACCACCUUCAAGGUGAAGGACCUGAAUGAGGGAACUCAGUACGAGUUUAGGGUCACCGCCGAGAACAAGGCUGGACUUGGGAAGCCAAGUGAUGUCUCCAAAGCAUGGAUCGCCAAAUCUAAAUAUGAUGUCCCAGGAGCCCCAGAGCAGACCACCAUCUCUGACAUCACAGCUGACUCUAUGACCAUAUCCUGGUCUUCUCCGGAGUCGGAUGGUGGUAGCCCUGUUACGGGUUACAUUCUAGAGAAACGGGAUAUCACAAGUAAACGCUGGGUCAAGACAUCAUCAGAUGCCAUCACUGAAUUGACAUUCAGGGUCACUGGUUUGACCAAAGGGUCAAAGUAUGAGUUCAGGGUCAGCGCUCAGAACAAGGCAGGGACAGGGAAACCAAGCACACCUACAGAUGCUACUGAAGCUAAACCCCCAUAUGAUGUCCCAGAUGCACCAGGAAAGCCAGAACCAACAAACGUCUCAGGGACCUCUAUCCUCCUCAAAUGGACUCCUCCUCGAUCAGACGGAGGCAGUGCCAUUACCUCCUACAUCAUUGAGCAACGCGAGAGCUUUGCACGAACCUGGACAAGGGUCCUGGAGACCAAGAUGGUAGAGGUUGAGAGCACUGUCACUGGUUUGAAGACAGCAUCAGAGUAUCAGUUCAGAGUCAGUGCUGAGAAUUUGGCUGGCAUUGGAAAACCAUCGGAACCAUCAACGCCUCUUACUGCCAAAGUGCCUUAUGAUGUUCCAGCACCACCUGAGGAUGUCAAACUUACUCAGCUUUCACCAACAUCCAUUGAGCUUACCUGGAGUGUUCCAUUCUCUGAUGGUGGCUCUCCAAUCAUCGGCUACAAUGUAAACCAAAAGGAUGCCUUCUCCCCAAGGUGGAAUCAAAUCACUUCUGAGCCCAUCAAAGAGUUAUCCUACAAAGUCAAGUCUCUCAAGGAAGGCGCCGAGUCUUCAUUCCACAUAACUGCUAUCAACAAGGCAGGCCCAAGCAAACCAAGCCAGACAGUGGCUCUGAAAAUCCAACCACCAGGAGCGCCAGAUGCUCCGCUGGUGGAGAAGAUCGACGAUAAGGCUGCCUUUGUGACUUGGUCACCACCGGAGAGCACUGGUGGCAGUCCAAUAACGGGAUACAUCUUGGAGAAGAGAGACACAGCAAAGGACCGUUGGGUGAAGGUGACUAGAGGAACCAUCAAGGAGACAUCGUUCGAAGUCAAGGAUCUCACUAAGGAUGUGGAGUAUGAGUGCCGUGUUUCUGCUGAGAACAAAGCUGGUAUUGGAGAACCGAGUCAGCCAUCGAAGAGGGUUGUUGCUAAACUUCCUUAUGAUGUACCUGAUGCACCUAACAAGCCUAAAAUAACUUCAGUUGACAAAACGGAAAUGACACUAACUUGGUCUGCUCCUGACUUUGAUGGAGGAUCUCCAAUAACAAACUACGUCUUGGAGAAGAAGGAACCAUUCUCUUCUCGAUGGUCAGAGGUCACCAAAACCUCCUCCUUGGAAUACAAAGUAACCGGGUUGAAGGAGGGAUCAGAGUAUCAGUUUAGAGUCAGCGCUGAGAACAAAGCUGGUGUAGGAAAGCCCAGUGAGCCAACUGAAUCUAAAGUAGCCAAGCUGCCGUAUGAUGUGCCAGCAUCUCCAACCAAUCUAGCCAUAUCUGAUGCCAAACCAACAACACUUUCCCUCUCGUGGACUGUACCUGAAAGUGAUGGUGGAUCUCCAAUCACAGGUUACAUCAUCGAGAAGAAAGAUAGACUCAGCAAUCGCUGGAGUAAGGUCACCAUCUCCUCCAUCCAAGAGACCACCUUCAAGGUUACUGGACUCCAGGAAGGUACAGAUUAUGAAUUCCAAGUGUCGGCUGAAAACAAAGCUGGCGUUGGUAAGCCAAGUGACUCUGUCACCUUGAAGAUCCAACCACCAGGGGCGCCAGAUGCUCCGGUGGUUGAGAAGAUCGACGACAAGGCUGCGUUUGUGACUUGGUCACCUCCUGAGAGCACUGGUGACAGUCAAAUAACGGGAUACAUCUUGGAGAGGAGAGACACAGCAAAGGAUCGUUGGGUGAAGGUUACUAGAGGCACCAUCAAGGAUACGUCGUUCGAAGUCAAGGAUCUCACUAAGGAUGUGGAGUAUGAGUUCCGUGUUUCAGCUGAGAACAAAGCUGGAGUUGGAGAACCGAGUCAGCCAUCCAAGAGGGUUGUUGCUAAACUUCCAUAUGAUGUACCUGAUGCGCCUAACAAGCCUAAAAUAACUUCGGUUGACAAAACGGAAAUGACACUAACUUGGUCUGCUCCUGACUUUGAUGGAGGAUCUCCAAUAACAAACUACGUCUUGGAGAAGAAGGAACCAUUCUCUUCUCGAUGGUCAGAGGUCACCAAAACCUCCUCCUUGGAAUACAAAGUAACCGGGUUGAAGGAGGGAUCAGAGUAUCAGUUUAGAGUCAGCGCUGAGAACAAAGCUGGUGUAGGAAAGCCCAGUGAGCCAACUGAAUCUAAAGUAGCCAAGCUGCCGUAUGAUGUCCCAGAUGCACCUGGAACUCCAGAUAUAUCAAAUACAAAACCGACAUCAUUGACCCUCACCUGGCAACCUCCGGAGGCUGAUGGUGGAUCUCCAAUCACAGGUUAUAUCGUGGAGAAGAAAGACCAGUUCAGUUCCCGCUGGACAAAGGUCAACAUCUCCUCGAUAACAGACACCAACGUCAAUGUGAUGAAUCUCACGGAAGGUACCGAGUAUGAGUUCAGAGUGAGCGCUGAGAACAAGGCAGGAGUAGGCAAACCGAGUAAUCCAGCUUUGAUCAAGAUUAAUCCGCCAAGCGCCCCGGGUAAACCAGAUGUCUCCAAUGUCACCGACAAGUCAUCAACGGUGAGCUGGAGUGUUCCUGAAUCGGAUGGUGGAAGUAAGAUUCUGGGCUACGUCAUUGAGAAGUGUGACGUGUCGCGAGACAGAUGGACCAGAGUGAACAGGAGCCUCGUAAAGGAGACUACACUUCGUGUUGAGGAGUUGACUGUGAAGUCAAGGUACCAGUUCAGAGUCAGCGCUGAGAACAAGGCUGGAACUGGGCCGACUAGUGAACCAUCAGAUGUCAUAGAAGCUAAAUUGCCCUAUGAUAUUCCGCUAUCACCAAGCAGACCCUCAAUCAGUGACAUCACAGCCUCUUCAAUGACCCUAACUUGGAGUGCCCCGAGCUCUGACGGCGGCAGCUCAGUGACAGACUACAUCAUCGAGAAGAAAGAGCCAUACGGUAAAUGGUCUCAAGUUGCCAAGACUGAUGACUCUUCUUACAAAGUGACCGGCCUUAAAGAAGGCCAGAAAUAUGAGUUCAGGGUGGCAGCAGAGAACAAAGCUGGGAGGGGUAGCUUCAGUGAGGCCACUGUGCCAACAGAAGCUAAAGAACCAUAUGUUGUUCCUGAUGCCCCCGGCACACCUGAAAUCUCCGAUGUGAAGCCUUCGUCUGUGAAACUAACAUGGGAGGCUCCUGCUAACGAUGGAGGAUCUCCCAUCACAGGGUACACCAUAGAGAAGAAAGACAAGUUCAGCUCUCGAUGGAGCAAAGUCAACGUCUCCACAAUCCAAGAGACAACAUUCACAGUUUCCGGGCUGCAAGAGGGAGAAGAGUAUGAGUUUAGAGUAACAGCACAGAACAAAGCUGGACUGGGUAAACCUAGUAACCCGGCUACUCUUAAGAUCACUCCUCCAAGUGCUCCUGGGAAACCAGACUUGAGCGACAUCACUGAUAAGGCCAUCACCUUGAGCUGGAGCAUCCCUGAGUCUGAUGGUGGAAGCCGUAUCCUCGGCUACUACAUCGAGAAAUGCGACACGUCAACGGACAGAUGGGUGAAGGUUAACAGAAGCGUUACCAAGGACACUACUUUCAGAGUUGAAGAUCUAACUGCCAAGACUGAAUACAAGUUUAGAGUGAGUGCUGAGAACAAGGCUGGGACGGGGCCAGCUAGCGAACCAUCAGAGUCUGCUAUUGCUAAACUACCCUAUGAUGUCCCCAAAUCUCCAAGCACCCCAGUUGUCAGUGACAUCACCUCAAAAUUCAUGACACUCUCUUGGGAGGCUCCAAGAUCAGACGGUGGAAGCCCUGUUACGGAGUACAUCAUCGAGAAGAAAGAGCCCUUUGGCAAGUGGGUCCAAGUGGCAAAGACUUCAGACACUUCUUACAAAGUGAAAGGUCUGAAAGAAGGUCAGGAGUAUGAGUUCAGGGUUGCUGCUGAAAACAAGGCUGGCGUGGGUAGCUUCAGCGAGGCAACGUUACCAACAGUUGCCAAAGAGCCUUAUGAUGUUCCAGACGUACCAGGAACUCCAGAUAUUUCCAACGUCAAGCCAACUUCUGUGACUCUCACAUGGGCAGCCCCUAAGAGUGAUGGUGGCGCACCUAUCACAAACUACAUCAUUGAGAAGAAAGAUAAGUUCAGCUCACGCUGGGCUAAGGUCAACAUCUCCUCAGUGCGGGAAACCACCUUUAACGUCACCAGUCUCCAAGAGGGAACUGAGUAUGAGUUUAGAGUGACGGCAGAAAACAAGGCUGGGCAGAGCAAGCCAAGCAACCCCGCCUACCUGAAGGUGUCACCACCUGAUGCUCCUGGUAAGCCAGACGUUUCAGAUGUCACUGAUAAGUCUCUUGUACUGACCUGGAGAGCACCUACAUCUGAUGGAGGAAGUAAGAUCCUUGGUUACAUCGUUGAGAAGUGUGAUGUCUCAAAGGAACGUUGGGUGAAGGUGAAUAGGAUUGUUGUAAAGGAAACAACUCUCAAGGUUACGGAGUUGACAGCUAAGAGCACGUACAAGUUUAGAGUGAGUGCUGAAAACAAGGCGGGAACAGGUCCAGCCAGUGAACCAUCAGAUGUGGUUGUGGCCAAACUCCCAUAUGGUAAGUGA